CUGAAGGCCGCACUUCCGCCAGCAACGGCGGGAACCGGGUUGGAACCGGGCGUCUAGGCCUCCGUGGAAGUGAAUCCUGCGCGAAUCGGAGCCAUCUGAACCGCCACCAUGACGGUGGGCAAGAGCAGCAAGAUGCUGCAACACAUCGACUACAGGAUGAGGUGCAUCCUGCAGGACGGCCGCAUCUUCAUCGGCACCUUCAAGGCUUUUGACAAGCACAUGAAUCUGAUCCUCUGCGACUGUGAUGAGUUCCGCAAGAUCAAGCCGAAGAACUCCAAACAAGCUGAAAGGGAAGAGAAGCGGGUCCUAGGUCUGGUGCUGCUGCGAGGAGAGAACCUGGUCUCCAUGACAGUGGAGGGGCCUCCUCCCAAGGAUACUGGCAUUGCCCGAGUACCCCUUGCUGGAGCUGCAGGGGGCCCAGGGAUUGGCAGGGCAGCUGGCCGAGGAAUCCCAGCUGGCGUUCCCAUGCCUCAGGCGCCUGCAGGACUUGCCGGCCCAGUUCGUGGGGUUGGUGGGCCAUCUCAGCAGGUGAUGACUCCUCAAGGAAGAGGCACAGUCGCAGCAGCAGCCGCAGCUGCAACAGCCAGCAUUGCAGGAGCUCCAACCCAGUACCCGCCGGGCCGUGCUGGGCCUCCCCCACCUAUGGGCCGAGGGGCACCUCCUCCAGGCAUGAUGGGCCCACCUCCUGGUAUGAGGCCUCCUAUGGGUCCCCCAAUGGGAAUUCCCCCUGGACGAGGCACUCCGAUGGGCAUGCCCCCUCCAGGGAUGCGGCCCCCUCCUCCAGGGAUGCGAGGCCUUCUUUGAUCCUUGGCCACAGAGUUAUGGAAGUAGAUCCACAGAAGCGUGGGCCCGAUUCCUCAGGGCCGUGUUACCGCAGACCUGUUUGUUUGUUAUGCUGUUGUUCGCGGAGUCUCACCGGAUUGUCUGGUUUCCCUUACAGGGCCCCCUCCCCCGGGAAUGCACCCACCAAGGCCCUAGACUCAUCUUGGCCUUCCUCAGCUUCCUGCUUGUUUCCUGUAAGGCUGUAUAUAGUCCUUUUAUUUCCUUGUGGCCUAUGAAACUGGUUUAUAAUAAACUCCUAGUAAACGCA